AAUGAAACAAAAACCUAGUUAUUGGAAAUCUACUCACUUUGCUGCUUCUGUUCAAUAUCUUAAUUUCCUUAUAGAGUGUAUCAUAUUUCCAUUAGCUUUGAUUCUAUACAUAAAUCAUUACAAAAUGGAUAGAAAUCUAUAUGAUAAUUGGGAAUUCAAACCCAUUAUUGAAAUUCAAAAAGUUUAUGGUUCAAAAUGUCCAUCUGAUCUUGAAACCUUCUUUGCAUAUAACUACCCAGAAACUUCAAGUGGUAUUUAUAUAAAGCCAAUAAUAAGGAUGUGAUUGUGGAUUUGGAGAAGAAGAUGAGAAUGUUGAAAUUGAUUAUGAUAAAUUGAAAAAUGAACAUUGUUAAGAAUCUGAAAUUGAUGAGGGUUGUGAUGAAAUUGCUUCUAUUUAAUCUUAAGAUUUUGUAAUCUGGAAGGGAUAUUCAAUAUGUGGAAAAAGAUCUUAAUAUACUUAUAGAGAAUUAUUUUAUGAAAGAAAUUGCACAGCUAUUUGUAAUGGGGUUUGUUAAACUAAAAAUAAUCAAAAUGAUUGUGGAAAUUAUGAAGAUCUAAUCUCCAAAGAAAAUAUUACUCAAUCUUAUUACAAUUUUACUUUAAGUUAUGGAAUAGAUGUUUGCUAUGAGAAUGGAGAGUCAAUUAAUCAAUAUCCAUUAUUAGAAUCAGCUUAUAAAUGUGUUAUUUAAUCAUCAGAAUAUGCUUAUAUAGAUGAAUUUGAUCAAUAUUUAUUAUUUGAAGAAAAUGAAUAUCCUUAUGAUAGUUUACCUGGAUUAGAGUAUUUUGAUGAAAUACCAAAAUUUGGUCUUUUUGGUUAAAAGUUUACUGAAUAUAAUUGUACUAUUAAAUAAAUCGAUGUUUCUAAUUAUAGAGACAAUUAUAUUUAACUUGUAUUUUUAAUUGCUUUAAUUAUGGCAGGUAAUUAUUGAUCAUAUCAAUUUAGGUUGUUUGAUGGGUUUUGGAGCCAUAUUUCAUUCUGCAAUAGUUUAAAAUUUAACUAGAAAAGGGAUAUUUAAACAUAAAAUUUAUAAAGUGACUUGGAAAUUCUAUUGUCCUACAACAUUCCUCAUACUUCUUCAUAUGGCACAUUUAGCUAUUGUUGGUACUAAAUUGGGAUUUCUAGCUCAUUUUAGAACUACUAUGCAUAAUUAUAUUGAAAAUGUAUUAAUAAUGAUAUAAUUAUAUUUAGAAAUGUACUGAUUGGUCAAACAUAUUGAAUCUUGUUUAUAUGAGAGAUAUAAUUGAUGCAGAAUUAAUGCCUCUUUGUAUACCUGAAUUAGUGCUUACUUUUGUUGCCAUGUUAUUAGAAAUAUUACAAUUAUGUUUAUUUGAUAGGAGAAUACCUGAAACUAUAGCAUCUCCUACACUUAAAGGUCGAGAGAGUCCUUCAAAAUCAAAUAAUUUUAUAUUAAAUUUUGGAUUUGAUAAAGAUGAAAAUAUUGAAAAACAUGUUUUAGAUACUGAAAAUAUUAGAAUAAAUAAAAAGAAUGUAAUUCCUUUUAUAUAAUUUAGGAAUAAUUAAAAUUAUAUAAUGAAUGA